CCUAAAGAAGGAAAUAGAGCUUAAAAACCCUUAGAUUUAUUUACUAGCCCAAAACGAUUUCAGGAAAUAUGUAUAAUUUUCACCAUCAGAUUUCAGGAAAUAUGUAUAAUUACUGGAAAUUUAAGGAAUUACACAUAUUUCCUGAGUGAAUCAGACAUUACACAUAUUUCCUGAAAUUUUCAGGAAUAUUUCCUAAUACAUAUUUCCUGUAACAUAUAUACAUGUAUGUGUAAGUAUAAAGGACACCCAUUAUUUAUCAUGUAGUUAAGAAAUUAUUUUCUAGUUUAAUAGAUAAUAAAUGGAAAAUACAGACUUUAAAAUAUUAAAUUGUGAUAUUAAAUUUUUAAUUAUUAACAGUUACAUAGUGUAGUUAUUUGUAUUAAUGGAAGUUUGUUUGUUUUGUUUAACACCACUAGAGCACAUUGAUUUACUAAUUAUCGGCUAUUGGAUGUCCAACAUUUGGAAAUUUUGACAUAUAGUCUUAGAGGAAACCAGCAAAAUUUGUCCAUUACUAGCAAGGGAUCUUUUAUAUACAUGUACACAAUAAAACUGCUGUACUAGUUACACGGCUUCAUAAACAGACCAGAUAGCACAUACCACAGCCUUUAAUUUGUAUGUACCAUCCCAAAUCAAGUGCUUUACCACUGGGCUAAUGAUUGUAUAGUUUAAUGAUUUAAUUUUGUAUGUGUUAAUUUUAUUGCAAAUUUUUAGUCCUAAGCUCUGGAGAAAUCUUUCUGGGAUCCUGGUGUGAUUCUUGCUGGGAUCUCGGUGGAAUUCUUCCUGGGAUCUCGGUUGGAUUCUUCCUAGGAUCCCGGUGGAAUAUUUGGUUGGGAUCCCAGUGGAAUUCCAGCGGGAUCCUGACAUGGGAUCCCACCAAAAUUUUCUCAGGGGAUAAUAUGGGUUUUUUACCCCUUUUUUGAGAAAGUUUACUAGAAUCCAGAGACCAAAAUAAAGGCAUGAAACAUCUUCCCAUGGAAUUACAAUUCUACAUCAUCAACUCGAUUGAGGCAAAUCAAUCUGAAAUACAUUUUCACUAUUUCUAAAGUAUGUUCUGGUUAUUAUUUGUUUAUCUAUACAUGUAUUACUAUGCUAUUGAUACGACUGCGAUCCCGGUGGGAUAUGACCAAGAUACUGGUGAGAUAUGAUUGAGAUCCCAGUGGGAUAUGAUCGAGAUCCCAGUGGGAUAUGACCGAGAUCCCAGUGGGAUAUUACUGAGAUCCAUGUUGGAUAUGACCGGGAUCCCACCAGGACAACCAGAAAUCCAAUAAUGUUAUCCCAGCGGGAUGCCACCUGUUUCCCAGUGGGAUUCAGCAGGGAUCAGAAUUGUAUUUUCACUUGAGUUUCGCCAAGUGGGUGGAAGCAAAUCAGUCCGAUGUGGACAAGUACGGUGCUUAGUAGCCUAAAGUAAACACUGCAUCAAAUAAUUGAUGACAACAUGAAUUGUCUACACAAGCAGAUGAUUCAGUUUUUCUUUUACUUCUUAAAUUACAGGAAAAUUCUUAAGUCAUGCAAGCGCAGGUUAAACCGUCACUGAAGAGGAGUAGAGCCUACCGGUGAUUGAAAGGAGAUGACUUUGUCGACGAGAGAAGUAAAGACGUGGCACACAUCUACAAGAGCCAUCUGCCACUAGAUAAGUCAGCAUUCUACUGUACCCUGUGCACAUUGAGAUGCAUGAAGAUUGAAAACUGGAGAUGCACGUGACGGGAGUGUACAGGGAGAAUGUGGUUAAGAGUGAGGAGAGCCGAUGAAAAUGGGGAGGAAAUGGAUGAGGCAGUACACCUGAAGGAUUUUUUUACAACUGGACUGAAUUAGCCACCUUUUGCACAGUGCUAGAUAAAUCUGUCUAGCAACCCGGUGCUGGACAAUUUCUACAUAGGGAUCAUCAUUUUUAAGCCAAGUAUACAUUAAACAUGUAAUACAUGUUUUUAUUUUUUACAUUAACAAGUCUUAAAUUAAAAUGUAUCCAAUGUUAUGGUAUUGCAGCAUAAUUUAUUUUAGUUAGACACCUUGAUUCAUUUAAAUAUAAUUAUUCAUCCUGUUUACUCUUCCGUUUUUUCAGACUUUGGAGAUGAACAUGUUACCACCUUAUGGAUCAUUUCAAAGACACCCUGAACAUUGCCCAGACAGUUGCUAAUGAGAUUGUCCCUGAGUGGACCAUGCUCAAGACCCUGCUGUAUAAGAGAUAUGGUGCUAAUCUCCACAAAACUUCCUGGAUUUCCAUCCACAAACUAUUUGGAGAUGUGGUGCCAAACAUUCCGGGACUGAUGGAUUUGGUGCUGACCAUCCCAGCCACUUCAGUUGAAGCUGAGCGUGGCUUCAGUGUGAUGAAGCGGGUGAAGACAGACUUUAGGAACAGACUGCACAACAGAGCUCUGAGCGACCUCCUGCGCAUCAUUCUUCUGUCCCCAGCUGAAAGCAGACUUUCAGCCAGACACUGCUGUUGAGCACUGGCUCUCCAGCACAGAUCGCAGAGAAUCAACAAGUAGAAAUUCUGCUGAUGUUGAAGAUCCCGAAGAAGUAGAUGAAGAUGAUGACUGUCUUGGCCUCAGUGACCUCCUGGGAGAUGCUGCACGAUCCCGAGUAACUCAGUCAAUGCUGCCUGUUUAGUGACCAAAACUUUGUGGACAGUCAGUGACUCAGUGUGAAGUAAUUUACCAUGCCAGUGUGAAGUCAUUAAAAUGUGGUUUACAUUAUUUAUGACAUUUGUUUUGUUGUUUUGAUUUAUUUGUGUAGUUUUAUUCCAAUGGCCAUGGAGGUUAACUGAGAUAAUAAAGGUAAGUACUGUGGACAAGUGAAAAUUCAGGCGGACAAGUGAAAAUUACACAAGACUUGUCAUGUGGACAAGUGAAAUUUUUUGCUUAUUUCUAUCACUGCGCUAGUCACACUGACAUGAAAUUCAAGCACUUUUCAAGGACUUUUGCACUUUUCAAGCACUUGAAAAUAAGCACUUUUCAUUUCAAACUCCUAAAUUCAAGCACUUUUCAAGACCCUGCGAACCAUGGUGGAUAGGGGUCAUAUACUAGCAAAGCAUCAACUGGCCAAAACUCUCCUGAAAUCAUCUCAUGUUGAUUUGCAUUCUGAUGGAACUUCAAGAGACCACAAUAAGGUAGUGGGGCAUCAACUGUCAGCUGACGGACCUGAUCAUAAUAAAGGUUAUUGAUGUCAUGUGAGUUUACUCCAGUCUGCAGAGAAGAUACAGACAUUCUUGUUGAUGUAGCUUUUAAUUUGUUGAAUGAGUUGGCUGCAUUGUAUGAUGAUAGUGAAGCAGACCAUAAUUUUCAGUCCAUGUUGAAAAUUUUAACAGGUUUGAUGAGUGACAGAGCUAGUGUUAUGAAGUCGUUUAAUAAAGCUUACAAUGAAAAGAGAAAAAGUAUUCUUGGGGUAGAUGAAAAUAUGGAAUUCCUACAUUGCAAUGCACAUUUUCUUCUUGGAUUAAGUACUGCAUCAGACAAAGUUUAGAAAAAAUGGGAGAAGGAACAGCAACAUAAAUUUGGCUGCGACUGUUUGGAAAAAUUCAAGAGAUUCUCCAGUUCAGAAAAUGCAGGAUCCCGAUUCAUUGUAACAGCUUGUAACAUACUUGGUCCUUGCAGUGAUGAGAAAAGUGGAUGUAAAGAUAUAUGGGAAGCAUUUUGUAACAUGCAAGGGAUUCAAUCAAGAAUCACAAGCUUCAGUUCGAACCUAUUUAACAAUCUUUUUCAGGCAGCUGCCUUUCUACAUCAUCAUAGAGAUGACCUAAUCAGCUUUCUUCAAAGUUACAUGCCCACCUUGAACUUGAAACAAGAAAGUGUUAUGUUUGAUGCUAAAGGUGAUUCACUGGAUGCUAUCAUCAUUACUCUUGGUAUGAUCUACCAAAAGGUGACAGGUCCUUACUGGAUGUUGAUGGGUAUGGAUGUCGAGAAGAAGAGUCAUGCAAUCAUGUUGCUGCCCUGUUAUAUGCCCUCGUGGAUAUCAGCACAAAGAAGGAGGCUGGUUUAGAUGCAUCGACAUCUAAUACCUGCAAAUGGAUACAACCAAGGAAAAGAAAGCAGUCCUAAAAAAUCUCAGGAUUUAGUUUUCAAGAAAUACAAAUUUAGUGAAACUGCAAGUGUAAAUACAAACAACACAUCUUCUACAAGGAGACGAAUAAUUCAAACACUACGAAACCAAUGGAUAUGACAAUUUGUGUCAGAAAUUAAAAGUGUGCUCCACAGUGUGACCAGAGUUACUUAGACGACCCCAAGAAGCCGGACAAAACUGUGUCAAAUGCACAUGUUUUGCACCACAUUAGCUUUUUGUAUUGCGACAAUGUCAAUCUGCUAAGCGAAGCAUGUACAACCCAUUUUAAUGAUUAUUUUUCUUCACUUCAGUGCUGUGAAAAAGACUAAGAUCAGAGAACAGUCAAAGAGCCAUCUGUGGAAGACUUUUCGGGCUGGUCGGCUAACCAGUUCCAAUUUUGGCCUAAUUUACAGACUGAAAAACACAACACCACCAGACAGCACACACUAAGGACUGUUAUAAAUUAUUCCCAAUUUCAAGUUGCCAGUGUUCGAUAGGGAUCAUCACAUGAAGCUGCUGCCCGACGGAUAUAUGCCAGGAUAAUUCAGAAGAGUCACCCAACAAUGAAAAUUGAUCAACAUAGCAUCAUAGUAAAUGCUAAUUUCCCCCAUUUGGGAAGUAGCCCUGAUGGGCUUCUGCACUGUACCCAUUGUGAUGAAAACAAUGGAGUUCUAGAAAUUAAGUGCUCAUAUAAAUACCGGUUUAUGACACCAUCUGAUACCAUUUUUUAUGAAUUAGCAGACAACAAAGUGCAACUAAAAAGAAAUCACAGUUACUAUUUCCAAAUUGGCAAUUUGCAAGAGGAAAUGGUGCGAUGUUUUUAUUUGGACACUGAAGGGGCACUCGGUGGUUAGGAUAUGCUUUGACAGUAAUGCCUGGGAAAAUUUGCUGUCAAAAUUAAACACAUUCUACAAGUCUGCUUUCAUUCCAGAACUUUUCUCAGAAAGAGUCCAGCGUGGUUUACAUCUGUACAAGUGAAAAUGGUGAAAUACUAUGUUAAGUACAUUAAUGAAAUGCGCAUCUUCAAGCGUGUUAUUGUGAACUUUAUGAACCUAAACCUUCUUAAGUGACAAUAUUUGAUGUUUUACUGGUACAUGUAUGAAACAACAAUCAAUUAAAUGGAGGUUUUUUUGUAUUUAUAAUUUUAUUUUUUUAUUUUUAUUUUUUGGUAUUACGGUAAAAAAUGUGUAUAUAUGUGUAAGUAUAAAGGACACCCAUUAUUUAUCAUGCAGUUAAGAAAUUAUUUUCUAAUUUAAUAGAUAAUAAAUGGAAAAUACAGAAUUUAAAAUAUUAAAUUGUGAUAUUAAAUUUUUAAUUAUUGACAGUUAACAGUGUAGUUAUUUGUAUUAAUGGAAGUUUUGUUUGUUUUGUUUAACAACACCACUAGAGCACAUUGAUUUACUAAUUAUCGGCUAUUGGAUGUCCAACAUUUGGAAAUUUUGACAUAUAGUCUUAGAGGAAACCAGCAAAAUUUGUCCAUUAUUAGCAAGGGAUCUUUUAUAUACAUGUACACAAUAAAACUGCUGUACUAGUUACACGGCUUCAUAAACAGACCAGAUAGCACAUACCACAGCCUUUAAUUUUUAUGUACCAGCUGGAACCAUCCCAAAUCAAGUGCUUUACCACUGG